AUGUCAGCGUUGCGCGAGCUUUGCAAGCUUUCAGGAAGAAAACAUGUGCUGAAAUGGUAGAAAUUAAAUUUCCCCGUGGUUUCCUUCAAUUUUCCGUUUUCAGCUGGGUUCUAACACCGGUCCAGUUCCGUCAAUUCUCUUGGACCGUUGCCGCACUCGAAAAGACGCCCGCCAAAGCGUCAGAGCCGAAAAAACAAGAGCACGCCCUGCAAAGAUCGGUUUUGGAGGAAGUUUACACGGUUCAGAAGCACAAACCGACGACUUUCGGCGGAAAAGUGGCCGAGAAAGCGUCAAAUACGUUUAUGUACACGGCGGUGAUCGCCGGAGUCGGGCUCAUCGGCGCGUUCAUCUACGUGCUCGCCGGAGAGUUUUUCGCCCAGGAUUCGCCGCAAACCAUCUUUAACAAGUAAUUUUCUCCGUUUUUUGUCGAUUUCCCUCUAAAAAUUGUUUUUUCUUACAGAGCGCUGGAUUUAGUGCGCGACGACGGCCGCUGCCAGGACAUGUUCGGCGCGUCAAUCGCCGGAUUCGGCGAGGAGACUGCGCGUGGGCGUCGGCGCCACGUGGCCCACCACAAGUACGAAAAGGACGGAAUGCAACGGAUCCGCGUGCUGUUCCACGUGAAGGGCGAGCGCGACGAGGGCAUUGCCCAGGCGGAAAUGGAGCAGCGCGACGGCGAGUGGCAGUGGCGAUUCCUGUACGUGGAGAACAAGCGACGGCCGAAAACCACCCACGUUCUCAUUGAUAACCGAUAAAUCGUCUUUUUGUUUUCGUUGCGAGACCUUAAAAUCUCAUUUUUCUAGGCCCCUCUAUAGCUUGUAUUUUCAGAUUUUUGUUGAUGAACUAUAUUAUUUUAAUACUCUUUUAUUUGUUUGUUAAUUUUAAUGUUUCCCGAUGGACUUUUAGUACCUUUAUUCAUUUCUGUUUCCCUUUCUAUAAAAUACUGUAAGGGUGUACAUGGAAGACGACGGAUUCACACUGGUCACUGGCAAAAAAGCGGCGAAAUUUGUAAGCAUAAUUGUUUUGAAAAUUACAUUUCUUUUCAACUUUUUCAGAAAAAGACACAAAACGGAACGCAUGUUCGAGUGGACGGAACCGAAAAGGACGUGGAAAAAGCGAUGAGCCGCGCGAAAAACGCAAUUUCGACGUCAAAAUUGGGACAAUGGCUCGAACGGAAAUUGGAGGAAAUUUUGGCGGAAAAUGGAAAAAUUCAAACGAUUUUUCUCCUCGGAAAUGGACAUUUCGACUAUUCGGACCAGCCGGGGGCUCAUCAAUUGGCUCUGUUUCUGGAAAUUUCUGAAAAGUUCGAAGCCGAACUCAUUUUUCAAGAGCCCGCCUGUUCUGAAGCGGAAAAUCGAUGGCUUGAAGCGAAAAAUCGUUUAAAAAUUCGCACAGAAAUGAAUACGGACAUUGAAAUUGACAAAAAUCCGCAAGCGAUCACAAUUCUCGCCAUUAUUCAUGGUUUUUUCGAUUUUCCCCAGAAAACCAGAAUUUUUGCAAUUUACAGGUGAACACGAGAUUCUGAACGGUAUUUUGGAGCACAAUUGGCAGAAUUUGAACAAUUUGAUAGUGAUUGGCAACAAUUACGGCGGCGUCGACUGGGAGCUCUCCAAGUUGAGCGCGCAAAACGGGCGGAUCAACGAAUUUUUCCGAGAAUCAAUAAUUACGCCGUUUCCAGAAGUAUAUGAACCUCAUGUUUCUGCAUUUUCUGGUACGGUUAUCAUGUCUCCAAGUGAUUUCGAUAAAGAUUUGUGAUUUUUUUCCGUUAAAAUUCAACGUCGGUUCGAUGGCCGCGGUGAGGUGGCCUAGAAAAAUCAGUAGCCGAUUUUCUAGGCCACUAUUUUAUUUUUGCUCGUUUUUCAGCUUUUUCACUGAAUUUUUUCACAUUUUCAGAGUUUCCAGAUGAUCAGCUCAUUGGCAAUAGAACUGGGAGCCUUGAGGCUAGCCUGCUCUUCACAGGUACCGUCAAAAAAGCAAUAAUCACCCCAUAAACUGAAAAUUCAUGCAGGUCCUCGUGGCAACUCGAAAUCUGCCGGCUCGAGGCACAAAACCGCUGCCACGUCAUCUCUGGGACAUGGCCGAUUUGGAGGAGAAGUCGGGCGGUCGGUACACGCACAAACCGCUGCAAAUCAAUCGAUUGGGAGGUCGCGACCCGGAAACCGGGCGGAAAGUCAACCAGCACAUUGGCGGCGGCGUCAAAUUCGACUAUUUCAUGAUCGACUUUCACAGAAGGUACUCGCGAACACGAAUUGACCAAAAAAUGACAAAAAGCCACUAAAAAUCUGAAAAAAAAAAGAGAAUCCUUGUUUUUUGCAGAGGACCGACAGAGCAAGGCGUGACGUACGAUGAAAGAGUACUGGAAGUGCGUCGAGAUCCGAACCGCACGUGUCAUAUCGCUCUCGUGGCCGGAAUCAACGGAAAACGAUGGAUUUUGGCGACGGAGAAGAUGAAGUACGGCCAGAAUUUUGAAAUUCAAAGGGUUUGCGCGGAGUUUCUAAAUUCUGCUGAAAAGAACUGAAAAAUUAGGUUGUUUUGAGCGUUUUAACCUUGCAAGGGACGCACAAUGCGAUUUCUAUACAAUUUUAGCUAAUUUUCGCUCAAAUUGCCCGAAUAUAGUAGAAUUCCUAGAAAAAGCGAGAAAACUAAAGAAUUUCAGAGCUGGAGACAUCAUCUCGACGAGCGGACACUUGGCCGAAAAUCCAGUGAUUGGAGUCGAAGGAAACGCGUAUCCGAUCGGAUCGCUGGCCGCUGGAACUCUGAUUAACAGGUAAGCUCAUGAAAAAUGUCCGAUUUUACCAGUCUUUAGCUAGAUGCCAUCCAACUCCAUCAUUUCAGCAUCGAACGCUACCCGACCGCCGACUCGGAGACGUUCGUGAAGGCCGCCGGAACCGCGGCGACGAUCGUCCGACAUCAGGGCGAGUUCACAGUGGUCAAACUGCCGCACAAACACGAAUUCUCGCUGCACCGCACGUGCAUGGCCACUGUGGGACGGCUCUCGCACGCCGACAUCGACUCGAAGAUUUUCGGAUCCGCGCAAAUGCACAGACGGUACCAGUUUUCUGCGCGAAAUCGCCUGAAAUUCGUGUGAUUUUUGCAGAUUCGGCUACAAAAUGUCGUCGGGUCUGUUCCACAAAAAGGACGGAUACUUUGGCCGAAAAGUGCGUGCACUUCCGCCGGUCCGCGUGCUCGACACCCCGCCGACCGCUCCUCCGCCCACGCAAAAGUUCACUCUUUCCAAGUCGGACCUCUCGGGAUUGCACGGACACGCAAAAGUGCACAAUCUGAUUGCGUCCGGAUACUCGACACGCGACUAUCCCGAAUAA